AUGGCGGAGCCAUCCAAGCGCCAGAGGUUGGCAUCGGCGCGCUUUACAGAGGUGGCCGUAGCGUUAGAAGCCUACUUUGAUGGCCUUCACAACGGCGACGUGGAUCGUUUUAAGGAGGUUUGGCAUCCCGAGGGGCAUCUCUACUGGAUUUCGCCGGAGGGAGACCUGGUGGAUCGCAAUGCGGAACAGUUCAUUGCCUACGUAGAAGAAAACAAGAAGUCCCCGCACUUGGCAGAGUAUGAUCAAAUCAUUCGCCUGGACUUCGCCUCGGAUCGCUGCUGCUGUGCGAAGCUGCAGAUUGCCCUCUGCGCGGAACACGGAGAGCGGCGCUACACGGAUCUGCUGCUGCUACUGAGGUUGCACGGCAAAUGGCAGAUCAUCAGCAAGGUUUUCUCCUCUGUGCCGUUGACGGAGCUGUCCCACGAGGAACGCCAGGAUGACUUGCCGUUCGCAGUUGGCGAGCCGGUGCGCGGGGUCUUGGAGUACUACCGGGGCGGUCACCUUUCACGACCGGAAAUCAUCAAGGAGAACUUCCACAGCUCCGCGCGGCUGACCUUUUCCAACGACUCUGAAGAACUGGUCUGCUGGUCCCAACAGCAGUUCUUCGAAGUGAUUCGAGGUAUGCCGCCCACGUUCGCAGAUAGCAAUGCCUUGCGCUUCGAUAAGAUUAUCGGCGUGGACAAGGCAGGUCCAGAUGUCGCGAUGAUCAAGUUGCAGAUUGGAUAUCCUCCGGUGCUGUACACAGACUUCCUGUCCAUGUUCCGUCUUCGUGGAAACCGUUGGUGGAUCGUCGCCAAAAGCAGCGACGGAUCUCCCAAGUUGAAUCUAGCGGCAGCCUUUCAAAGCUCCAAAGGUCAUGCCGUAGGUUGUGACUGCUGCGAUCCCUUAUUUCCGCCCGCGGAGAUGGCCUAUGGCGAGGAAACUGUGGAAACUCCCACUGAAUGGCUUAGCGGAGGCGAAGACGUGCCGCCGCCGGUGCGGUUGCCACUGCUCAGCGCCAUGAGAAAAACGGCACGAAGCAGCGCCGCUUCGCCGGUCCAUGCGCCACUUGCCGUCAUGGAAAAGGGUCUCCAAAGCCGCGAGCGCCCGACCGACUGCCACCCAUUUGAGGCAGACCCAGACAGCAGAGGUUUGCACCGCCGCCGAAUGAGUGAUGAUUCCCCGUUGUCUCACCAUGAAACUCUCACUUUCCGUAGCAGCCGCGAUGCUGUGGUCUGUUCCGACGCGCCGUGGCCGGGUAGUUUGGAGACCUUCGACCGGCCGCGCAACUAUGACGGCCUGGGGCAAUUGGGACGUUGA